AUGCUCGCCCGGAGGAUUCUCAGGAACUGGAUCCAGCACGGAGGGAGCCGGGAGGAGCCGCUGCUGGGAAGCGUGACCGUUGCAGAUUACGCGAACUCCGACCCAGCCGUCGUGAAAUCAGGACGGGUGAAAAAGGCCGUGGCCAACGCGGUGCAGCAGGAGGUUCUCUCUGUAUCUGGAGACUCUUGUGACAGCAGCGAUGAAACAGACACAAAGGAGAGUAUCAACGGGCGACCUGCAUCCAGAAAGAAGAAGAGCAAAAGGCACAAAGAAAAUCCCGAUGGUGACGGUGGAGAAGAAUAUCCCAUAGAUAUCUGGCUGCUGCUGGCAUCCUACAUUCGCCCUGAAGACAUCGUUCGCUUUUCUCUGAUCUGCAAGAAGGCCUGGACUGUUACUUGCACUGCUGCCUUUUGGACCAGGCUCUACAGAAGGCACUACAGCCUCGAUGCGUACCUGCCCCUCCGCUUGCGACCAGAAUCCAUGGAAAAGCUGCACUGCCUCCGUGCGUGUGUCAUCCGGUCGCUAUACCAUAUGUAUGAACCUUUUGCAUCGCGAGUCUCCAGGAAUCCAGCUAUUCCAGACAGUACUCCUAGCACUUUAAAAAAUUCCAGAUGUCUGCUUUUCUGGUGCAAAAAGAUUGAAGGGAACAGACAAGAAUCAAUGUGGGAAUUCAACUUCAAGUUCAAAAAGCAGUCACCCAGGUUAAAGAGCAACUGUUACAAAGGUCUUCAGCCACCUAUUCAGUAUGAGGAAGUCCAUACAAACCCUGAUCAGGAUUGCUGUCUACUGCAGAUCACCACCUUUAACUUCAUAUUUGUGCCAAUAGUCAUGGGUAUGACGUUCACCUUGUUCACCAUCAACGUGAGUACGGACAUGAGGCAUCACCGUGUGCGCCUGGUGUUCCAGGAUGCCCCCGUUCGCAGCGGCAAGAAGGCCCGGCUGGACCAAGGAGUGCAGGUUGUGCUGGACCCCGUGCACAGCGUGCGACUCCUGGAUUGGUGGCACCCGCAGUACCCCUUCUCCCCAAAAGCUUAGUGCCCUCCUGCGCCCGCACAGCCGGCAGGUGACUGAAUCUGGCAGGCUGAAGAGAAUUCCUAGGAACCAGGAAAUCCUCUUUUUAUUUCUUUAAUAAAUUCUGCAGUCUCCUUGCAAGUGGUUGAAGCUACUGAGCUAGUCUCUAUGUAUAUAACUUCUGGUCAGUGAUGGGCAGAGCUAAGUGUAAAGCGGAAAAAAAUUUGUAAACACUUUUAUGUAAAAAUUCACGUUUUAUGAUUUGAAAGGAGCUCCCUGGAACUGUUCAUUUAAAAUCCUUUUGGUGCUAAUGAAA